AUGUUCCGCAAGCAUCUUAGGCGAUGUCCUCCAGCUCGUAAGAGGACGGCCGAAACAUGGUCCGGUCCUGCAGCCGUGGCUGCCUUCAUGGUCUGCAUUGCGGCAGGGUUUGACACGGUAAUGUUGUCACCGGAACACGAUAGUCGAGAAGGUCCCUGCGGUACUUCUUUAGACUUCUCCUUCGUUGUGCUGCUCCCAAAAAAUUCGAUUGCCUGUACCUUCGAUCUUCUUGCAAAGCUGUACUGCUACUACUGGCUACCAGUCACUCGCUAUGUGUUGUAG